AUGUCUCUCAAGAGUCUCCUUUUCUCAACAUUGCUGGCGACUGGCGCCGUCGCAACCUAUGGUGGAGGUUACCAGGGACAAUCAACUUGGGGCCUUUCUAGCGGUGCCGCUCCUUCGUGCCCGGCAGGUUGCCAACCAAUUACUCCACCGGCCGGAGGCGGCGGCGAGCUCAUCGUGCAGGUGGUUUCCGUCGCCGAUGCAAACGGCUCGCUGAAGUACUUCCCCAACAACAUCGAAGCUCCUGUUGGCUCCAUAGUGCAAUUCCAGUUCCACCCCAAGAACCACACCGUCACAGAAUCAAGCUUCGCUGAGCCUUGCAAGCCUAUCGCCAGCAACCUGACAUCCGUGAUGCGCCCUGGACUGAGGUCUGGGUUCGUCCCAGUCAAGGGCAACGAGACAUUCACGCCGGUUUUCAACGUACUGGUCAACGAUACCAAGCCCAUCUGGAUCUUCUGCGGCCAGACCAACCACUGUCAAAAGGGCAUGGCCAUGGUGAUCAACCAGAACAGCAGCGGCCCCAACACGAUUGAGAAAUACAUUGAGAACGCCGCGAAAUUACCCCUGACACCCACUCCUAACGCAACUGUAUCCACGAGCAGUGUCGUCGCCGCGCCACCGCCACCACCUGCGACUGAGUCGGCCAACACAGUCACGUUCGGCGCCACGCCACCUGAGGUUACUGCUCCGGCUCCUCCCCCGCCAGCAACAACAGCAGCCGCGGAGACCAUCGCGACACCUCCAUCUAGCAGUGUACCAGCCGCCCCAGCGGUGUUCACCGGUGCCGCCGUGCGGGCUAGAGAAGCAUCAGCUGGCUUGGUUGUCCUAGGUGCCUUGGUUGCUGUGUGGUAA